CCCCACCCUCCCCUCCACCCGGCCACAACCCCCCAAUCAGCUUUGUUAAUUCCACAAGAGGGAGGGGGAAAGGACCAAUUCUUCCCCCUGCCUCUCAGCAUCCUUCCUGGUCCAUGACAGAGGAAGCAGCUGAAGAUGGGGGACCAAAAGGACGCCCUUAGAAAGAUCAUCACCACCUUGGCUGUGAAAAAUGAGGAAAUCCAAAAUUUCAUCUACGUCCUCAAACAGAUGCUGCAGAACGUGGAGGCCAAUUCGGACCGAGUCCAACAAGACCUUGAGGCAGAGUUCCAGUCGCUGUUCACCCUGCUGGACGAGCUGAAGGAUGGGAUGCUGAUGAAGAUCAAACAGGAUCGAGCCAGCAGGACUUACGAGUUGCAAAACCAGCUGGCUGCUUGCACAAAAGCCUUAGAGAGCUCUGAGGAACUGCUGGAAACAGCCAACCAAACACUCCAGGGGGCAGAGAACCAUGACUUUAACCAGGCUGCUAAACAGAUCAAAGACAGCGUGACCAUGGCGCCUGCGUUUCGCCUCUCCCUCAAGGCCAAAGUCAGCGACAACAUGAGCCACCUGAUGGUCGAUUUUGGCCAGGAGCGUCGGAUAUUGCAGUCUCUGAAAUUUCUGCCAGUCCCCAGUGCCCCGGAGAUAGACACAGCCGAAUCUUUGGUGGCUGAUAACUGUGUGACCCUGGUCUGGAGGAUGCCUGAAGAGGACAGCAAGAUUGACCACUACGUGCUAGAGUACCGUAGGACGAACUUCGAAGGUCCCCCCCGGGUCAAAGAAGACCAGCCAUGGAUGGUCAUCGAAGGAAUUAAGCAGACUGAGUAUACGCUCUCUGGUGAGACAGCCCAUGCAGGGCUGAAAUUUGACAUGAAGUACAUGAAUUUCCGCGUCAAAGCCUGCAACAAAGCUGUGGCGGGAGAGUUUUCUGAGCCGGUCACUUUGGAAACGAGAGCCUUCGUGUACCGCCUUGAUGCCACGACCAGCCACCAGAAUCUCAAGGUGGAAGACCCCAGCGUGGAAUGGGACGCAAUGGGUGGGAAGGUGCAAGACAUCAAAGCUCGAGAAAAAGACGGGAAGGGCCGUACCGCGUCGCCAGUUAACUCCCCAGCCAGGUGUGUUCAGUCUCCCAAAAGGAUGCCCACAGGCCGCAGUGGAAGGGACCGCUUCACAGCCGAAUCCUAUACAGUGUUGGGUGACACACUAAUUGAUGGGGGAGACCAUUACUGGGAGGUGCGAUACGACCGGGACAGCAAAGCCUUCGCAGUCGGGGUGGCUUACCGGACUCUAGGCAAGUUUGACCAGCUGGGCAAGACGCCUUCAUCUUGGUGCCUCCACCUCAACAACUGGCUCCAAGUCAGCUUCACUGCCAAACACAACAACAAAUCGAAAAUCUUAGACGUACCGGUCCCGGACAUCAUCGGCAUAUACUGCAAUUUUCACGAAGGUUUCCUCUCGUUCUACAAUGCCAAAACCAAACAGCUCCUGCACACUUUCCGGGCCAAAUUUUCACAGCCCGUCCUUCCGGCAUUCAUGGUCUGGUGUGGCAGCUUCCACGUCUACUCGGGUUUGCAAGUCCCCAGCGCCAUUAAAUGCCUUCAGAAGAGAAACAGCGCGACGAGUAGCUCCAACGCCAGCCUGUCUUAGAAACGUGCUACUUCCCUCGUUUUGCAGGACUGGGACCCUCUGGCCGCAAGAGAGGCCUUGGGCAACUCCCAGCAGACUCUUAACUACAAAUGUUGUGGGUUUUUGGUUUUUUUGUGUGUUUUCAAUAACGGUUUGCACCACCCUCCCAGGCGCUCUUGACCCAUGCCAAAGCAAUGGGGUUCGCGGGGUUGGACUUUUGCUUAAAACACGCUCACGCCAUGAAUGUAUUAUAUCGUUUUAUCUGCCUACGAUUGUAAAAACGUUGUCAGUUAAGGGGAGGGGGGGCUCCCCAACACACCAAAUCUCCACUUUUCCCUUCGACGAGAUGUGGGGCAGAGGGUUUUGCAUGGUCAGAAAUGUAUGGAAAAGGCUGGGGGCGGGAGAGAGAGAAAGGAAAGACCAGCCCGCAAGGCUGCCGCGUGUACAGCCCAUGCUGUGUUUUGUUCUGGUUUUGUUUUUUUAAUGACAUUCUGCAGUGACUCGGUCCAAAUUCUGACGUUAUGCAAAUGAAACGAAGUAACACAGA